UCGCAUGCUAGGGAAUGGUUCUUUGUUAUUACCUACUCAACUUUAAGAAUAAUAUAACAAGAAAUCUACAGUUAUGUAUUAUUUUAAUGCAAACUGAAAAGCUAUUUAUUUUUAUAGAAAUUUUAUUUGCAUAGAAUGAUCGACUCAAUAUUUAUACGUUGCAUGAUUUGUUUGUUACUGAAGCUGAAAAUUUGUCGUGCACACAUUGACGGAGCUAAGCUAGAAGAAGAAUGCAAAAUAGCGGACAUCUGUCGACACGAUCAAGUGCCAGUCUGCGGAAUCGAUUCGUGCGGCGAGAUGAGGACGUUCAUAGACACGUGUGACAUGCACGAGUUCAACUGUGAUAGCAAAAAAGAUUUCGUUCAAAAGCCCGUGUACGAGUGUUGGGUGACGUGUAAACGCGGCCGAAGUUUCAAGAAGAGCGCCUACGGAGCGGAAUGCGACAGCAAGAAUAUGAUUAAAUAGCUUGACCUAUU